GAGAAAUCAAUCAACCUGUUUUCAACGUUACAUUAGACAUGAAAAUGGCCUCUAUCCAUUUCUUCGUUCUGUCUUUCAUGCUUUUCACAUCCCUGUUUCUCACAGGUAGUUUUGCAACCGUUGGUGACUAUGGCUCAGAAGAAAAUGUCACCAAGAAACCAAAAUUGGAAGAUGGAAAACUUCUAUCCAGCAACAUUGCAAUUCAAGGCCUUGUUUAUUGCAAAUCUGGCUCUAAACUCAUCCCACUUGAAGGGGCUUUGACGAGGAUAACAUGUGUGGCUGCUGACGAAUAUGGAUUUGAAACGACACCAUUGUCUUUCUUAAGUGAGGCAACCGAUGCCAAGGGCUAUUUCCUUGCAACGAUGUGUCCAUUGGAUGUUGCAGAAAAACGGGUACUGAAGGAGUGCAGAGCUUUCCUUGAAGCCUCUCCUUGGAACAAUUGCAGUGACCCCUCAGACAUAAACAAAGGAAUUAGUGGUGCUGUGCUUCAUUCCUAUCGCUUCCUCCAUGACAAGAACAUGAACUUGUACACCGUGGGGCCUUUCCUUUUCACCUCUUCCCCUUAAUGAAUCAAUUUUAGGAAGAAAGCAUAUAAAUAUGUAUUUGGGAGAGACUCAAUAUUAGAUUAUUGAUUUGGAAAAUUACAAGUGUACACCAUUAAUUAGGUGGUUAUAUAUCUACCUAAUUUUAAAGUGAAAUGAGAUGCAGGUUUGUUUA